GAUUUAUAUAUAGAUUCGAUAAUGACGUUUCGAACAUCAAUUAUGUUUUGGGAAGAAAUUUUGAUUUGAUAAUUGUUGAGGUAAUUUGAAUGAGGAAAAGUGAAAAACUGAAGGAUGGGAAAAAUAAGCAAAGCUAUAUAUACGCACCAGCAGUAGUGAAUCUGUCGCGCGCAACAAAAUGAAUCACUCUUCGUUUUGUUCUCUAAUCUUUGAGAAACUCAAAUCUCCAUGGCCAUCAUUCUUGUGUCCUAGGGUUUCUCUGUUCAAAAAUGAAUUCUCUCCCAGGCCAUCUCAACCGCUUCAAGAAUUCCCUGAUUUACGACCAGCAAAAGCCCUUUUGGAAGCAGAUUCAUGAUCCAAAUGGCGAAUUUGUUGGCAGAUGGAAUCACAUUUUCCUCUUCACUUCCUUCGUCGGUCUCUUUGUGGAUCCUCUCUUUUUGUUGCUUCCUAUUAUUAUCGAUAACUGUAUGGGCACCGACAAUCUAUUGGGUUACGCCAUAAUAGUAUUUCGCCUAAUGGUUGAUUGCUUCGCCUGCUUUCAAAUCUAUUUGAAAUUCCGUACAGCUUUUGUUUCCAAAAAAACUCGGGUUUUUGGCAAGGGUGAGCUAGUGAUGGAUCGACGCUUGAUCGCUAUUCGUUACUUAAAAAACGCCUUUGUCAUUGAUGUUGCUGCUGCCCUCCCUCUCCCACAAAUUGUUAUUUGGUUUAUAAUGCCAUUGAAUGGCUCAUCACCCUCUCAUGCUAAUCAUUCCAUCUCUUUGAUCAUUAUGCUUCAGUAUGUGCCGAGAUUUUUGGUCAUUUUCCCCUUAAAUUCAAAGAUUAUUAAGAAUACAGGUGUUGUUGCAAAGACAGCUUGGUCUGGUGCCGGAUACAAUCUUCUCUUAUAUUUGCUAGCAAGUCAUGUUUUAGGAGCUAUAUGGUAUCUGAUGUCUAUUGAGAGGCACUUUUCAUGCUGGACAGAUGAGUGCGUGAAGAAGAAAAAGGGUUCUCCCGAUUGUAAUCAUGACUACCUUGAUUGCUCAUCACUUAAUAAACCUGGGCGUCAGGAGUGGUUAGAAACCACUGAGGUAUUCAACCGCUGCGAUGCUACGCGCAAUAUAACCUUUGAGUUUGGAAUGUUUGGUGAUGCAAAUACUGAAAGAGUUACAUCUGCUAGCUUCUUUGAUCGAUAUUUUUACUGCCUAUGGUGGGGUUUAAAGAGCUUAAGUUCAUAUGCACAAAGUAUUACUACCAGCACUAACAUUGUUGAGACGCUCCUUUCUAGUCUUAUUUGUCUUCUGGGUUUGGUCUUCUUUGCACUGCUGAUAGGCAACAUGCAGAGCUAUCUACAAUCCAUGACAGCAAGACUUGAACAAUGGAGAAUUAAAAGAAGGGACACUGAGGAGUGGAUGAGGCACCGUCAGCUACCUGAAGAUCUGCAGGAUCGUGUUCGUCGAUUUGUUCAAUAUAAAUGGUUAGCUACAAGAGGUGUCGAGGAAGAAGAAAUUUUACUUUCCUUACCCUUGGAUUUAAGGCGUCAGAUUCAAAGGCACCUCUGCCUGGCACUUGUUCGUCGUGUCCCUUUCUUCUCCCAGAUGGAUGAUCAACUUUUGGAUGCAAUAUGUGAAUGCCUUGUUUCAUCAUUGAACACGAAAGACACGUUUAUUGUUCGUGAAGGAGAUCCAGUAAAUGAGAUGCUUUUCAUAAUUAGAGGUCAACUUGAGAGUUCAACAACCAAUGGAGGAAGGUCAGGGUUCUUCAACUCCAUUGUGCUAAAUCCGGGUGAUUUUUGUGGUGAAGAAUUGCUAACAUGGGCCUUGGUGCCCAACCCAAAUCUUAAUCUUCCAUCUUCAACUCGAACAGUGAGAUGCCUUACAGAAGUUGAAGCAUUUGCACUUAGAGCUGAAAAGCUCAAGUUUGUCGCAAACCAGUUCAGACGCCUCCAUAGUAAAAAACUACAACAUGCAUUUCGAUACUACUCACACCAAUGGAGGACGUGGGGAGCUUGCUAUAUACAAGCUGCAUGGAGACGCCAUAGGAGGAAAAUACUAGGGGAAGAAUUAUCAAGAGAAGAGAGCUUGUACUACAGGGGAGGGAUGGACCAAGAUGACAAUUAUGGUCGUGAAUAUCCAGAAGCUGGUGGUAAUGCUUCGGAUCAGGCAACAGAAAGCAGUACUCAGCAACUUGGAGUAUUGGCAUCAAGAUUUGCUGCUAAUACCAGAAGAGGCAAGACGGGGGGACGUGUGGACUCUGGUGAAUCCAGCUUAGGUAUGCCUAAACUUUUUAAGCCUGACGAGCCUGAUUUUUCUCAUGAUCCUAGUAGUUGAAUCGCCAGUUCUGGUUUUUGGGUUGGAGUUGGUAGAUAGGUUACUUGUUGCUCUGUUUCUUGUUAUACAAAAGAAACCAUUCAUUCCAACCCAUGCGCUACUACAUACUAACUACUUCACAAAUGUAAAUCGACCGCUAGCUUUUUUAAACCCCAGGGACUCUUUUAGUUACACCAAAUGGUUUCUUGCAAAUCACUGUUACCAAUGAAAAAUUACAGUUAUUUGAUUGAUAAAUCAAAUCCAAGAAGUUGUUAUAGAUAGACUAUGAAGCCCUUGAAUAUCUGUUGAAAUGUUACUAUAGAGCCUGACUUAUUGUACAGUGUUCUAUUGCAUAUCAGACUUGAAAAUUAUUCCAA